AUGGAAUGGUUUAAUCCAGAACACAUUAUUGAUUCAGAGUCAAAUUAUUAUGUCGAAUAUUAUCCAGUUCAUGCUAUUGUUCGAUAUUGUAAUCAUGAAAUGUUGAAUUACUGUGUUUCUUGUGGAUUGAAACUCAAUAUUCUUGAUUCUCAAAAUAACACUUUAAUGCAUCAUGCAGCUGUUAGAGAUUCGAAAAUCGAUCCAAAUGCAAGUAUGAUCAAAUACCUUUUUAAAAAGAAAUUAAGUAUUAAAACAGAAAAUAUUGAUGGCAUUCUCCCCAUCCACUUUGCUCUGAUAAAAAACCCUGCAGCUGCAAAAUUCUUAAUCGAAAAUAGAGCUGAUCUUGGGGCAAAAGAUAGAUAUGGAGAGAUCCCUCUUCAUUAUGCAGUUGCAUACAGUACACCAGAAAUUGUUGACCUUUAUUAA